GGGGGGAGGGGCGGGGUUUAGAGGAAGCGGAAGUGUCAGUGUAAGCGGAAGUGGUACUGCCCUGAACAUCCCAAGCAACGAGACGGAGGACGGAGAGAGACUCCAAUUGCAUCGUCCACUCAUAAAAGCAGGAAUUAAAGUACAUUAUUAAUUGAGAACAUGGACAAGAGCGACCUGGUGCAGAAGGCCAAGCUGUCGGAGCAGGCGGAGCGCUACGACGACAUGGCGGCCGCCAUGAAGUCCGUGACGGAGCAGGGGCAGGAGCUGUCCAAUGAGGAGCGGAACCUGCUGUCCGUGGCCUACAAGAACGUGGUGGGGGCGCGGCGCUCGUCCUGGAGGGUGAUCUCCAGCAUCGAGCAGAAGACCGAGGGCAACGAGAAGAAGCAGCAGAUGUCCCGCGAGUACCGCGUGAAGAUCGAGACCGAGCUGCAGGACAUCUGCAACGACGUGCUGGGACUCCUGGACAAGUACCUGAUCGCGAACGCCUCUCAGGCAGAGAGCAAGGUGUUCUACCUGAAGAUGAAAGGGGAUUACUUCAGGUACCUGUCUGAGGUGGCUGCAGGAGAUCAGAAGAAGGAGACGGUGGAGAACUCCCAGGUAGCGUACAGGGAGGCUUUCAGCAUCAGCAAGCAGGAGAUGCAGCCCACCCACCCCAUCCGCCUGGGCCUGGCCCUCAACUUCUCCGUCUUCUACUACGAGAUCCUCAACUCCCCUGAGCAGGCCUGCACCCUGGCCAAGGCGGCGUUUGAUGAAGCCAUCGCCGAACUCGACACCUUGAACGAGGAUUCGUACAAAGACAGCACCCUGAUCAUGCAGCUACUAAGGGACAACCUCACCCUGUGGACAUCGGAAAACCAGGGUGAGGAAGGGGAGGCUGGCGAGGGGGAGAACUAACUGCGCUGACCUCCGAUCCAGCCACCCUCUCUCUCCCUCUCCCUCUCUCCCUCUCUCUUUCUCUCUAACACACAUCCCCCCAUUCCAUCAUCCAGCUCUGCCCCUCUGUGACGAGCAGCAUGAAUUGUACCCGACCUUGCGGUUGUGCCCCCCCUCCGACCCCCUGAGGUGACAGGGUAACAUCCCCCGUAGUCUCUUUCUGCCCUCUGUCAAUUAACCCCCCCCCCCCCCCCCCGUUUAAACGUAGAAAACCAUUCGCUUUUCUACCUUUUUCUUUCUUUUGUUUGGAUUUUAGUUUUGUUUUUUUGUUUUUUUUUUUUGGUUCCUGAUCCUCAUUCAUGAUUCCAUUUUUUAAAAAAAUAUUUCCAUUCACAUAGAAGGUUAUUGCUUUUCCAUCGUUCUGAUUUCCUUUUUAAUUUUUUUUUGUUGUCAGUUUUCAUUUCCUUUUCAUUUUAUUUUUUCGUUUAUUAUUAUUUUUAAUUUUUUUUUUUUUUUUGUGUAAUUCGUCAUGGUAUUUGCAGGUUUUAUUGUAAGGUUAUUAAAGUGGCAGUUUAUUUUCACCAAACACUGUGAUGCUUAGUUUUGUGUUUCCUUCCCCAUGUGACUCUCCCCUCCCUCCCUCUCUGUGUAGGUACACACACACGUAUGUAAAUGUAACUCUGGGCUGGAUGUGCGUAGGUGGCACAGCAGCGCAGGAGGGAGAAACUGCCUGUAUUGUGACACUGACACUGGCUAUACUGCUGUGUAAUUAUGUUCACAAUUUCACCGAGGAAAUAAAAUCUGCUUAAGCUAAA